AUAUUCUUGAUAUCUUUAAUAUUUAGAUUGAGUGAGAUUAUGUCAAAGAUUAAAAUCAAUGAGUGAAAUGACAAUACAAAGUAAAGAGACUUUAGCCUGGAUUUCACAAACACAAUUACAAUUUCUACAUCUUUUUAACAUUAGUGUCACAUCUAUAGCAAGGUAAAAACCAUGGCAGAAAUCCGCCAUUGGUAUACCCCACUUGCUCACGAAAAGCAGAUGCUGGAAGAAAAAGUUUGUCCAGAGGGCAAAAUAAACAAUUGGAUUUUGUUAACCCAGCUAAUACAAUUAGGCAGGAUAAAGUAGGGGGUCUUGCUCUUAAAAGCCAGAGAGAGUCUGACUGGACAGGAGUCAACCAACACUGAAGUCAGGUCAGACUGAAAACUGAAGUGAGAAUCAGAUGCCAACUGAGGAAAAAAACUGGAUACAUAAUCUAUAAGAUUAUAGAGAAACACUGACAAGAGCAUACUCAAAAGACGGUUUGUAAAAGAAGAAAAGAGACUCGGGACUGAUCUGAGUGUGAAUGAAAUCUUUCUACAAAACGAAGACCUUCUCCCUUGAAGAAGAAGUUUAGAAUAACCUUAGCUUAAAAGCACAAAUCCAAACACGUUAAGACCCAAGACUUUAAGAAUCUAAGUUUAAAUUCAAGCAAAAGGAGACAAAGGAAAUGCGUCUGCUGAACAAGGAGCUGCGCCUACAAGACGUCACUCUUAUGUAUCUCACCUUCAUGGCCACGGUAGUGGUGCUCCUGGUGGCAUCUUACCAAGCACCCACGACCUAUACCAGACCAUCGCUGACCUAUCACAUGCCGUUAGAUCCAUCCGGUCAGCUAGAGUUGUCCUGGAACAUCAGCUAUCCCACUCAAGAGAUUUACAUAGAGCUGAGAGUAAAAGAGCUUCAUCAUGGCGUUCUGCUGGGAAUGUCCGAUCGAGGAGAGCCCACAAAUGCAGACCUGGUCCUUCUCUGGGAUGAUGGACACAAAUCAUAUUUUGGGGAUGCAUGGAGUGACAGUGAAGGUCGUGUAAUGUUGGACACCCAGCAGGACUAUCAGCUACUGGAGACUCAUCACUCCAGUGAAGGCUUCUUUCUGCUCUUCAAAAGACCCUUCAGCACUUGUGACCCUCAUGACUACGUCAUAGAGGAAGGCACCGUCCACAUAAUUUAUGCCAUUUUUGAGCGCCCGGUCCUGUCUUUGCACGAGCUGAACGUGUCCCGCCUCCAACCUGGUGUCCAACGAGUCCUCCUCCUGCGUCCAGACACGCCAGCCCCUCCUCUACCAAGAGAUGUUCGCAGCUUGGAGGUCCUGGCCCCUGAUGUCACCAUCCCCACACAGGAGACCACAUACUGGUGUCACAUCUAUCAGCUUCCCCCAAAUAUGCCCAAGAACCACAUUGUCAUGUACGAAUCUGUCAUUACUCCUGGUAAUGAAGCCAUUGUUCAUCAUAUCGAAGUGUUCGAAUGCUCCCCACAAAUGGACACCGUGCCAACAUACAGCGGUUCCUGCGAUUCUAAGAUGAAACCCCGCAAACUGAAUUACUGCCGACACGUUCUGGCUGCCUGGGCCAUGGGAGCCGAGGCAUUUUACUACCCUGCUGAUGCUGGUUUGCCUUUGGGAGGAGAUGGAUCUUCUAGGUUUCUUCGCCUUGAAGUUCAUUACCAUAAUCCUCUCCUUAUAUCAGGCCGGAAGGACUCCUCAGGCAUUCGUUUAUGGUACACUCCGUCUCUUAGGAGGUUUGAUGCGGGUAUCAUGGAGCUCGGGCUCGUCUACACCCCCGUCAUGGCCAUCCCACCCCGCCAGCACUCAUUCCAGUUGGCUGGCUACUGCACCGCCAAAUGCACACAGACGGCACUUCCUGCAGGAGGUAUACACAUCUUUGCAUCACAGCUGCAUACACACCUGGCCGGGCUCGGGGUCAGAACUGUCCUGGUACGAGGAGGUAAAGAGACUGAGGUGGUACAAGAGGACAAACACUACAGCACACAUUACCAGAUCAUCCGUGUUCUGAAGAAGAUGGUGACUGUUUUGCCAGGUGAUGUUCUCAUAACCAAGUGUAUAUACAAUACAGAAGACAGGAACAAAGCUACCGUGGGCGGCUUUGGGAUUAUGGAAGAGAUGUGCGUCAAUUAUGUGCAUUAUUACCCACGCACACAGCUGGAGCUGUGCAAGAGUCACGUGGACCCGGAUUACCUGCAGAAAUACUUCAGCAUCAUUAACAGGUUUCAGGCACGCGAGAGCUGCACUUGUCCUCAAACAAGUGUUGAAGAGGAGUUCUCCUCAAUAACCUGGGACUCCUUCAGCGGGGAGGUGUUGAACUCACUUUACACCUCCUCACCGAUCUCCAUGCAUUGUAACCAAUCCACAGCUGAGCUUUUUCCAGGAGAAUGGCAGAAGCAGGAAAUCCCAGUGGUUACAGCAGAACUCCAGAGAGCCCCAUACCCAUGUGAAUUAAACCACCGAUCGACCUCUCUGAAUGAAAACCCUACAGAGGUCAAGCCUCCAAAUAGUGGUUGAUGGCCUCUGCAUCUUGCAGAGCUCAAUGCUUUACCUGUCUGCUUGCUCACAAACACAGCGUUGCAGCCGGUACAACAUGGAGGAAAUUCAAGUAUUUUAUCAUGUUUAGAGUACUAAAUAUAAUUAAAGGAAAAAAUUAUUCACAUUGCAUGGGACAGUUAAGCAAUACACUGUAAAAAUGUGACAGCUUGAUUUACUUAAACUUUGUCAACUUAAAUGUUCUCACUUCAUGUAAAAACAAAAUUAAGGUGAUAAAACUCUUAAAAUGACUUCAAUUGGUAACUCCUAAAAAAUGUAAGCUGUAUCAACUGAAUUGUUUUACUUACAUUUUUAAUAAAAUCUUUUUAUGGGGGGUGUUACCAAUUGAAGUAACUUUUUAAGUUAAUCCAACGUUUACUUUUUACAGUGUAGUACAGAAGCAACAGUGCUGUUGUAGUAAAUAUUAACACAGCUGUGAUUUGGUUGUAGACAAAAGGACUUCAGGACUCACACAAAAGUAGUUAAUUUAUUUUUAUUUUUCACUUCUAAUUUCAAGUUUAAUUCAACACGUGGUGUCCGAUUAUCAGAAACAUCAAUGGCCAUUUUGCAUUUAUAAUUAAACUUUGUCCAAUUGUGUUUGAUCACUUAUCACAUGUCAGGAUGAUUGUGAAAAAUGUAGCAGGUCAUCCACGUAUUUUAUGUGUACAAAAAAUUCACAUACUGUAUGCAUACAACAGUGUAUACUACAAUUAAUUAAUUAUCUAGCACCUAAUUAUACACCAAAAAUUUCAUCCAGAAAAAGUGAAGUCAUGUUGUUCUCACACUAAUACAAAUACAGUAUGAUACAUUUAUAACAAAUUCACACUGUCCAUUUAAACAACAGAUGGAGUUCAACAGCACACAGCUUGGAGCAAAACUUCACAAAGAAUUACAAGCAACAAUGGAUUCACAGCCCGACCUGCAUAAUUUAUUUUCAGCUUCUGUCACAUCUGGAAAAUACAGCAUAUGAUUAUAUAACCUGUACACAAAUCUGACUUUUAUAUUACAUGAAAUGUUUACAUUUUUGAAAAAUUAUCACACUAUUAUAUUAUGCAUUGUAAGUUUUUACCCAUUGAUUAACAUCUUUAAUGUAUAGCUAUAUUCUAUGAAAAAAGGUUAAGACCUGCUAU